AUGGUGGAGGUCGGAGUUGUUCCCCGGAGCUCCCGCGCGGCUCUCCGCGGGCCGCGGCUCCUCUUCCUCGGUGUGCGGCUCUUCUUCCUCUCGCUCCUCUGCUCCGGGGCCGCGGGAUUCGAGCUCGUGCUCCUCCACACCAACGACGUGCACGCGCGCGUGGAGGAGACCAGCGCGUUCUCGGGGAAGUGCAGCAGGUCCCGGGGCGCGCCGUGUUUCGGGGGAGUGGCCCGCAGAGCGACGCUGGUGCGGCGGCUGCGGGAGGCCGGGGCCCCGGUGCUGCUGCUGGACGCGGGGGACCAGUUCCAGGGCUCCGUGUGGUUCAGCUUCUACAAGGGCGCCGAGGCCGCGCACUUCAUGAACGCGCUGCGCUACGACGCCAUGGCUCUGGGGAACCAUGAGUUCGAUAAUGGCGUUCCGGGUCUGAUGGAUCCGUUCCUGAGGGAGAUCCAGUGUCCGGUCCUGAGCGCGAACCUCCGCACGGACGCUCCGCUCGCCGCCACCUUCGGCACGGCCUUCAGCCCGUACAAGGUGCUCUCCGUGGGGGGGGAGCAGGUCGGGGUGGUGGGCUACACCUCCAGAGAGACGCCCGCCCUGUCCGACCCAGGGCCUCACGUGCACUUCGAGGACGAGCUGAGCGCCCUCCAGAGGCAGGUGGACAAACUGCAGACUCUGGGGGUGAAUAAAAUCAUCGCUCUGGGACACUCGGGAUUCACCGUGGAUCAGGAAAUCGCCCGGACGGUGCGCGGAGUCGACGUGGUCAUCGGGGGCCACUCCAACACCUUCCUCUACACCGGCUCCCCCCCCUCGGUGGAGGUCCCGGUGGGUCCGUACCCGUUCCUGGUCCGGUCUGUGGACGGGCGCCAGGUCCCGGUGGUCCAGGCCUACGCCUUCGGGAAAUACCUGGGACACCUCCACAUCCGAUUCGACGACGAAGGAAACGUCCUGGAAGCUCACGGAAACCCCAUCCUCCUGGACGAGUCCAUCCCAGAAGACCCGGACGUCCUGAAUCAGGUGGAGGAGUGGAAGGAGAACCUGAAGAGCUUCUCGUCUCAGGUGGUCGGACGAACUCUGGUGUUUCUCAACGGCUCCAACGAAGAAUGUCGCUUCAGAGAGUGUAACCUCGGCAACCUCAUCUGCGACGCCAUGGUGGACAGUGCUCUGGGCUUCUCUGAGGACCUCCAGUGGAACCACGUGAGCGCAGCACUGAUGAACGGAGGAGGAGUCCGGAACUCCAUCGAUGAAGAGACCAGGAACGGUUCCAUCACGAUGGAGGAUCUUCUCUCCGUUCUCCCGUUUGGAGGAACCAUCGACCUGGUGUCCCUCAAAGGCUCCACUCUGAAGAAGGCCUUCGAGCACUCGGUCCACCGCUACGGCCAGAGCACCGGGGAGUUCCUGCAGGUCUCAGGGUUCCAGGUGGAGGUGGACCUGACCAUGCCUCCGUACAGUCGGGUCCGGGCUCUGAGGAUCCUGUGCACCCGCUGCAGGGUCCCGACCUUCGACCCGGUGCAGGACGACUCGGUGUACAGGGUCCUGAUGCCCUCGUACAUGGUGACCGGAGGAGACGGCUUCAGCAUGAUCCCAGACGAGAUGGUCAAGCACAACAGCGGGGACCUGGACAUCUCGGUGGUCUCGGCGUUCCUGUCCAAACGCGGCGUGGUCCAUCCGGCCGUCGAGGGAAGAAUCCGGAUCGUGAGCUCGGCGUCGGUGUCGGUGACGUCCGUGUGCGCGCUGCUGCCCCUGCUGCUCUGGGGGGCGCUGUGAGCCGCCGAGGAUCGUGGGUAACGCGGUCCCCUGAGCCGCAGAGGAUCGUGGGUAACGCGGUCCCCUGAGCCGCAGAGGAUCGUGGGUAACGCGGUCCCCUGAGCCCCGGAGGAUCGUGGGUAACGCGGUCCCCUGAGCCGCAGAGGAUCGUGGGUAACGCGGUCCCCUGAGCCGCAGAGGAUCGUGGGUAACGCGGUCCCCUGAGCCGCAGAGGAUCGUGGGUAACGCGGUCCCCUGAGCCCGGAGGAUCGUGGGUAACGCGGUCCCCUGAGCCCCGCGUUCGUGGGUAACGCUGUCCCCUGAGCCGCAGAGGAUCGUGGGUAACGCGGUCCCCUGAGCCGCAGAGGAUCGUGGGUAAUGUGGGACACUGGAUCAUGUUUUAAACUCAGAAUCUAACGUGGCAAAUGUAAAAAUGUAAACAUAAACUGUACAGAAAUAUAAAUAAUGAUUUAACUGUUUAGAACAUUUUGUUUUUGUAAAGUUCAAUGAAAAUAAAAUUUGUAUCAAAAUGAAAAA